UCACACUUCCCCCCCUGUCCAGGUCUUCCUCUUAGCCAGUUGGUGGGUAGUUGCCGUCCUGUGCACAUACCCAGUGACUCUCCUGCCGCUGCCGCUGCUGUAGGUGCUGCUCCUGACGCGGCUAUUCCAGGGUAGUACUGCUGUACCCUCGCCACACCUCGGCUACUCACCACCACCUGAACAGACUGAUAAGAUGUUCGGUCUGGCCAGAUUCAUCUGUGUGAUGGGGUCUGCCAUAUUGGCCUCCUGCACCGUGACUACCACGCCCGCCCCGAUCACAAUGCCCACCGUGAGUGAGGAGGGAGACAAGUCUAUCGUUCUCCUGCCGAAGACGGUGCGGCCACUCCACUACCUGGUCAAACUUCAACCUUUCAUCAACGGUAACUUCAGCAUCCAUGGGCACGUCAAGAUUGACUUCCAUGUGUUGGUCUCUACCCACCACCUCGUCCUCCACAUGGCCGACAUAGUCACCCUCAACGACACUACUAAGGUGAUAGCGAAGGACAGCGAGCGAGAGGAAAAAAUCGUACAACAAGGCUACAACUCCUCCAGGAUGCUGUACAUAGUCCACCUUCAGGAGCAACUGUCGGAGGGCCGUAACUACACUCUCUCCCUGGACUUCGUGGGUACACUAGGGGAACAGGCCCGGGGGUUCUACAGGUCCUCCUACAAGAAGCAAAAUGGAGAGAGGAGCUGGGUAGCGUCCACACAGUUCCAGUCAACAGAUGCACGACGAGCUUUCCCUUGCUUCGACGAGCCUGGACUGAAGGCCACUUUCAAGAUCUUCCUGGCGAGAGAAGAGCACAUGAACGCACUCUCCAACAUGCCUCUCGUCUCUUCCACCCCAAUUGAGGGUCAGGAGGAGUGGUUGUGGGACGAGUUCCAAGAGUCGGUGCCCAUGUCUACCUACCUGGUCGCCUUCGCCAUCUCAGACUUACCCUCCAAGGUUGUCAGCGAUAACGGUACUCUCAUCAGAGUGGUGACACGGGCGGCGACGCAGGACUUUGCGGAGUACGGGGGACAGACAGCCACCAAGGUCCUCAGUUACUACAAGGACUACUUUAGCAUCUCCUUCCCGCUCCCUAAAAUUGACCUGAUAAGUGUACCCGAGAACAGCUUCGCUGCCAUGGAGAACUGGGGUCUCAUUACCUUCAGAGAGACAGGACUCCUAUACGACCCAGAGAGCUCGCCGGCAUCACAGAAGCAGUACGUGUGUUACCUGGUGUCACACGAGUUGGCCCACCAGUGGUUCGGCAACCUGGUCACACUCUCCUGGUGGACGGAUCUGUGGCUUAACGAAGGCUUCGCUACCUACAUGGGCGAUACGGCUGUAGAUCACAUCGAGCCCUCGUGGGGGAUGCUGGAUCAGUUCGUGGUGGAACGACAGCAGAAGGUGAUGGCUCUGGAUGCUCUUCGUUCCUCUCACCCCGUCAGAGUCCCUGUCAGCGACCCCGCCGAGAUCAAUGAAAUCUUCGACGUCAUCUCCUACAGUAAAGGAGCGUCUAUUAUCCGCAUGAUGAACCAUUUCCUGACGGAGACCGUCUUCAGGAGGGGCCUCAAGACCUACCUCACUGACCUGAAGUACAAGAACGCGGACCAGGAUGACCUAUGGCGGCACCUAACGAAGGCAGCACGCGAGGAAGGGACGCUGGCGGAGCACCUCAGCGUCAAGACCAUUAUGGACACCUGGACGCUACAGAAGGGUUUCCCCAUUGUCACCGUCACCCGCGCCGGCAACAGCUCCGCUGUCAUCACCCAGGAAUACUUCGUCUACGACAAGAAUGCCACGACCUCGGAGUACAACUGGUGGAUCCCUGUGACGUACACCUCGCAGGAGGGUCCUGAGUUCCACGACACCAAUGUCAGGUUCUGGCUCAAUGGUAAAGGCAUCGACCCUGUGUCUUACAUCGGGUUCCCUCAACCACACCACUGGGUCAUCUUCAAUCUUAAGCAGACAGGUUACUACCGAGUCAACUAUGACGAGGCCAACUGGGAGCUCCUGACGCGGCAGCUGCAGGAGGACCACACCGUCAUCCACAUCACCAACAGAGCCCAGAUCAUAGACGAUGUACUCAACUUGGCCAGGGCAGGAAAACUGUCAUACAAGACUGCCCUGGGUGUGCUGUCGUACCUAAGGAAGGAGAAGCAGUUCGUGCCGUGGAAGGCGGCCUUCAACAACUUCCAGUACCUGUACGACAUGUUCUACAGAGACCCUGCUUAUGGCGCCCUCAAGGACUACCUUCUGUCAAUCAUUGUGCCAAUGUACGAUAAGUUGGGCUUCGAGGAGGAGCCAGGGGAGGACCAACUGGCUCAAAAACUCCGCACUGACGUAAUCACCUGGGCGUGUAACUUGGGCCACCUGGACUGUCGCAAUAAGUCCCUCGCCAUUUUCAGACGAUGGAUGGCCGACCCCGAAAGUUUCAAGGGUGUAUCAGUCAACGUGGCCUCAGCGGUGUACUGCACUGCUAUAGCGGAAGGCGGGGAACCAGAGUGGACCUUCGCCUGGAAACAAACCCAGAGCAACACCGUAGUCGACACAUCUGAGCUGGUCAACGCUCUUGCCUGCACCGACCAGAUCUGGCUCCUGACCAGGUACCUGGACGGCGCGUUUAAUGCCAACUCAAGAAUCAGACGUCAGGACGCUGCUGGCACCUUCAGGAACAUUGCUGCUGGUGGAGUAGGCAAUAUGCUGGCCUGGGACUACCUCAGGUCUCACUGGGCCAACAUCACCGAGUAUAUCGGCUCCACAUUCUUCGCGCUGCCAAAGAUGGUGGAUGAUGUGACCAAGACCUUCAACACGCUGCAGCUUCUUCAUGAGCUUGAGGAAUUUGAGCGUGUCAACAAGGAUCAGCUACUGACGGCAUCGCGGGCGGUGUCUCAGGCGGUGGAGGCUACAAAAAUUAACUUAGCCUGGAUGGAGGACAAUCGUGACUUCAUCGUCGACUGGCUCAAGGAACAAGGCUUCUCAUCUAACCUCUCAGAUCUUUAGACCCAACCUGACGCCUACAUGAGUUGACUUGGUUAUGACAAAUCAUUGACAUCUACAACGCCUUUGGAAAACAUCUAAGGCUUAGUUUGACUAUGACGGAUAAUUGGCAUAACAAAGCCUAUGAAAAACACUCACGAUCCAAACCUUUGUCCCUCAAAUCCAAAAAAACCAUCAGCAAUGACUAUUGCAAACCUGGCACCUGUGAUGCCCUGGAAACGAUUUAUCUUAAAGGCUUUCUAGAUAAUACUCCAGGAAUGUAGUCCCGCCUCAGUUCUCAGAUAUAUUAGGUCCUCGUGAUAAAAUUGACAGCAAGUUUGAAAUCCACAUGACACCUGAUGAAAACUUUGCAUUUUCACAUGUACUCAGAUCCACUGCUGCGCACCCAUAAAGAUAAACUAGACGCAACUCUCGCAUCAAUAAUGAGGGUCUCAGGAAGAACUCGACCCCAACCUCAUCGUUUAUAGAACCUUAGGAAAGCUCACUGGAAUGAUCCGAUCGUUCGCGUCAACAGUUGGUUCCAAACAGCCCUCUGGAAUGACUAUUGAAAUGUGUCCAACAAAACAUCAAGUGUUUACUUAUACUUUUACACCCUUAUAGCAUGGAGUUAUAAUUACAUGGCUAGAAAGAUUGUUACAGAUGAAUAAUUGAUUUGUACAGAUAUAAAACAAGAUAGACGAUUCGUAAUAAAGAUUGAGGAGCACA